AUGUCUACUGGAGGUCUCAGCCUCCUACUAGCCGAGCAGACGCAGGCUUUCAACUUUCACGGCCUGCAGACCAUCGGGAAAGUGGUGUAUCUGUUUGAUCUCGUCGUCUUCAGCACUGUCACUGCAGCAAUUAUCUACCGAUUCAUAAGAUUUCCUGGUGUUUUCAAGGCGUCCAUUACGCACCCUACUGAGGGGCUGUUUUUGGGCACGUCCUUUCUGAGUCUGGCAUCUAUCAUUGGAGGCAUGGGUCGGUACGGUAUACCCUCUUGCGGGCCAUGGCUCGUCGUCGUUUACCGUAUCCUGUUCUGGAUAUACUUUGCCGUCACUUUUUUGAUCGCGGCGGGCCAAUACUCGCUCCUAUUCACUUUGCCCAGUCUGAAAAUCCAAGACAUGUCACCAGCCUGGGAUCUACCUAUAUUUCCGUUCAUGCUCUCUGGAACAAUUGCAUCGAUUGGAGCAUCUACGCAGCCACCAACACACGCUGUCCCAAUGAUCGUGGCAGGUCUGACGGCUCAGGGUCUGGGAAUGAUCGUUUCGAUCCUUAUGUACGCAUGCUACAUCCACCGAAUGAUCCAGUACGGCUUCCCGUCGCCAAACACCAGACCCGGUCUAUUUAUCGCAGUCGGCCCACCAGCGUUCACAAGCUUGGCUAUCAUCGGUAUGGCUAGCGGUUUUCCAACAACUUACUCUUAUUUUGGCGAUCCGGAGAUCACUUACCAGAUCCUUCAAACCAUGGCCACAAUGACGGCAGUGUUUAUCUGGUCCCUAAGUUUCUGGUUCUGGGCAAUCGCUACAAUUGGAUGCCUUGCCGUCUGGAAGCAGAUGACGUUUCGUCUCAAUUGGUGGGCUUUUGUGUUUCCCAACGUUGGAUUCACCAUCGCCACGUUGACAAUUGGCAAACAAUUCGAAAGUCCCGGAGUUGAGUGGGUUGGCACUAUCAUGACCAUUUUGAUAGUUGCUCUUUAUCUAUUCAUCCUCGCCCACCAUAUCCGGGCUUUCAUUCGCAAGGAUAUCGUUUAUGAAGGAAAAGACGAGGACGAGUAUAUUAACGAGUUGCGACACGACUACGGGAAGGCGGACGGUAGAGGAAAUUUCGAUUCGGAGAGCCAAGUAAAGGAAGCAUAG